AUGACUCUCACCUUUGACGUCUUUUUCAGUCGACGGCCCAGCGCAACCAGGACCGGUCCUGCUGGCCACGACCAUUUAAAAUGGGUGCCAACCAGCUCGACACUUAUUUAUGGAGCUCGCGAUGCCAUUCUAGUCGACGCGCAGUUGACGAUCGAGGCUGGAAAAGACCUCUCGGACUGGGUAGUCGCCAAGGGGAAGAAUCUAACGCACAUUUACGUUACACACGGUCACGGAGACCACUUCUUCGGCAGCGCUCCGCUUCUCAAAGAAUUUCCCAACGCAAAAGUGGUUGCCAUACCGGAGGUAGUGGCUCGAAUGAGUAACGAGGUGACCCCAGAGAGACUCCGUGGUGGUUGGGACAAGCUCUUCCCCGGUCAAAUACCCACAGAGCCUCCCCGGGUUGCAGAGCCACUGCAAGAGGGCCUUCUCGAGCUUGAGGGGCAGAAGCUGAUUGUGGUGAGAACCGGCCACACAGACACGGAUGAUUCGACAGCGCUCUGGGUGCCUUCUCUUGGCCUCGCCGUGGUCGGGGACGCCGUGUACGCCAACACCCACCCGUUCCUUGGAGAAUCGGGCAGUAAGGAGGCAAGGCUAGGGUGGAUUGCCGCCCUAGACAAGAUUGCAGCUCUGAACCCCCGAUGGGUAGUGGGAGGCCACAGCGACCCAGACAAGGGCUAUGACCCCACGGCCAUCCAGGAAACGAAGAAUUAUUUGGACAACUUUGAGCGGCUUAGCCAGGACACGAGCACGGCUGAGGAGCUUUACCACCGCAUGGUUGAACUGUAUCCUGCGAGGCUGAACCCCGGUUCUGUGUGGGCAGGGGCUGUCCUGGUCAAGGACAAAUAA